AUGUGUUUAUUAACUUAUCUCAUCUAAAAUCUUAAUUUAUAAGAAAAAAUUUAGUAAUAGACUAUAUUCUUCGGUUUUGCACUUUUAGAAUAGCAACUCUUAAGUAUGAUGAUUGAUUUUAAGUUGUAGCUUAAAGUACUAUACUUUAAAGCAAUUUUAUAAAAAAGGACAAAUAUGUAAAUAAUAUUCAAAAAAAUGUCAAUAGAACAUGUUCGAUUGUAAUACCAUGAACAUGAUGAUAAAUACUAUGUAACCUAAAAAUGAUUUCCAAUUGUCAAGAAGUUCUUCAAGAUUAGACCAAAAAUAAUCAAUACCUUCAAACAUAACCUAUAGUAAGAAAUAUUAAAGUAAUUGA